AAGAAUAAGUGAGUGUGCAGACAGAUGGGCCGAGGUGUCAAGAACUAUCAGCCGUUUUCUAGGAACCCGCUGCAAGCAGUCUAAACAGCCGCAGCCGCAGUCAGAGCCGAGGCCGAGCCGUCUGCCUGGACUUCAGUCCUUCACUCCUUCUUUGCAUGUGGUGGUCUUUAAAAAAAAAAAAGAAAAAGGGGGUUUGAGUUCUGCUCCUCCUCCUCCUUCCCUGAGUGGGACUCCUCUCACCAUCUUCCAUCAGACACUUGUGAGCCGAAAGUUGGACGCGGAACGCCGACAAGAUGGGUCGGUGGAGUGCGACGAUCGCGGCCUCGCAGCUUUUGCUUCAACUGUGCACGUACGUGAGAGCCCAAGCUUUAGUGUAUGAUCUGCUCACCUCCCCCGACUGCCUGCCUGACCUGCUGCAGGGCGGUCUAGUGGAGCAGGGGGCCAACGAGGCCUUCAUCCUGGCCACCUUCAAACUGCAGCCCAAAACCGGCACGACCGUGUUUGGUCUGUACAACCCGCGGGACAACAGCAAGCACUUUGAAUUCACUGUGAUGGGCAAACUCAACAAAGCCGUGUUGCGCUACCUGCGCACCGACAAGAGGACGAGCUCGGUGACCUUCAACAAUCUGGUGCUGGCAGACGGCAACAUCCACAAACUGUUGUUCCAUCUGAGGGGUCUUCAGCAAACGGGCGGUCCCGGUGGGUUGGAGCUACAUCUGGACUGCAAGCUGGUGGAGACGGUGCGCGAUCUCCCCGCCGCCUUCCAGGGUUUACCGCCCGGCUACGGAAUGGUGGAGCUGAAGACCAUGCUGAACAAAGAUCAAGAAGGCUUACACGAGCUCAAGCUGGUGGUCGGAGACACCUUUGAGAAUGUUGCGGCUUUGCAAGACUGCCAUUUCCAGCAAAGGGACUCCGUGCAAACCCUGGGCGUCAACACCAAGCAGCUCUCCAAUCAAAUGAUGGAGUUGACCAAGGUACUCAACGAGCUGAAAGACAUCCUCAUCCAGCAGGUGAAAGAGACCUCCUUCCUCACCAACACCAUUUCUGAGUGUCAGGCUUGCGGUCUGGGCGGUACCGAAGUGGUGAAGCCGAGGUGCGGCCCCGGCGUUUGUUUCCGCGACGGCACGUGCCGGGAGACGGCGGACGGCGUGGAGUGCGGGCCUUGUCCCGACGGCUACACGGGAGACGGCUUCAACUGUGAUGACGUGGACGAGUGCCAGUUCAACCCUUGCUUCCCGGGAGUCAAAUGCGUGAACACGGCCCCGGGCUUCCGCUGCGAUGCCUGCCCGCUGGGCUACACCGGCCUGCCAAUGGAGGGCGUAGGAGCGCUCUUCGCCCAAACUAACAAACAGGUGUGUGACGACAUCGACGAAUGCAAAGGACCAAACAAUGGCGGCUGCGCGGCCAAUUCCAUCUGUCAAAACUCGGAGGGCUCCUACCACUGCGGCAGCUGCAAGACGGGCUUCACGGGCGACCAGGUGGAAGGCUGCAAACCCGAGAUCAGCUGCGCUAACAGCCUGACCAACCCUUGCGACGUCAACGCGCACUGCGUGGCCGAGAGGGACGGAUCCGUCUCCUGCCAGUGUGGAAUCGGCUGGGCCGGAAACGGAUUCCUGUGCGGGAAGGACACCGACAUUGAUGGCUAUCCGGACGCGAAACUCAAGUGUAAGGACCCCUCAUGUAAAAAGGACAACUGCGUCUUCGUUCCAAACUCCGGCCAAGAGGACGCCGACCGAGACGGGCAGGGAGACGCCUGCGACGAGGACGCAGACGGCGACGGCAUUCCCAACGAGCAGGACAACUGCUGGUUGAAGCCCAACGUGGACCAAAGGAACAGCGACAAGGACACGCACGGCGACGCCUGCGACAACUGCCGUCUGGUAGAAAACCCGGACCAGAAGGACACGGACGGCGAUGGCAAAGGCGACGCCUGCGACGACGACAUGGACGGCGACGGCCUGAAAAACUUCCUGGACAACUGCCAGCACGUGAAGAACCCCGACCAGCUGGACCGAGAUGGUGACGGCGUGGGAGACGCGUGUGACAGCUGCCCCGACAUCCCCAACCCCAACCAGUCUGAUGUUGACAACGACCUUGUGGGCGACUCAUGUGACACAAACCAGGACAGCGAUGGCGACGGCCACCAGGACACCAAGGACAACUGCCCCUUUGUGAUCAACAGCUCGCAGCUGGACACCGACAAAGACGGCCUGGGCGACGAGUGCGACGAUGACGACGACAACGAUGGCAUCCCCGACUUCAAACCGCCCGGACCAGACAACUGCAGGCUGGUUCCCAACCCGGAGCAAAUCGAUAAAAACAAUGACGGCGUGGGCGACAUAUGCGAGUCCGACUUCGACCAGGACAAAAUUGUCGACCAGAUCGACAACUGCCCCGAAAACGCGGAGGUGACUCUGACCGAUUUCAGGGCCUUCCAGACGGUGGUGCUGGACCCCGAAGGCGACGCUCAGAUUGACCCCAACUGGGUGGUCCUCAACCAGGGAAUGGAAAUCGUCCAGACCAUGAACAGCGAUCCCGGUCUGGCUGUGGGUUACACGGCCUUCAGCGGCGUUGACUUUGAGGGGACAUUCCACGUCAACACGGUGACGGACGACGACUACGCCGGCUUCAUCUUUGGCUACCAGGACUCCUCGUCCUUCUACGUGGUCAUGUGGAAGCAGACGGAGCAGACGUACUGGCAGGCCACGCCCUUCCGAGCCGUGGCCGAACCCGGCAUACAGCUCAAGGCCGUGAAAUCCCGAUCUGGGCCCGGGGAGCAUCUGAGGAACUCCCUGUGGCACACCGGGGACACCCAAGACCAGGUACGCCUCCUGUGGAAGGACCCCCGCAACGUGGGCUGGAAGGACAAAGUGUCCUACCGCUGGUACCUGCAGCACCGCCCCCAGGUUGGAUACAUCAGGGCCCGCUUCUACGAGGGUUCUGACCUGGUGGCCGACUCGGGCGUGACUAUCGACACGACCAUGAGAGGGGGCCGACUCGGCGUCUUCUGCUUCUCACAGGAAAAUAUCAUCUGGUCCAAUCUGAGAUACCGCUGCAAUGAUACCAUCCCCGAGGACUUCCAAGAGUUCAGCACUCAGCACGGCAUUGAUGCCAUCUAAAAGAAGAUAUUGCGUGUGUGCGAGAGUGUCCGCGCGUGGAAGAGUGUGUGACAGUUUUUGUGUGUGUCCAUGUAUGCAUUUUUGUGUACAUUUGCCAGAGCCGUGUCUUUGUACUGUAUGUGAAUCAUCUAAGCUAUAACGUUCGAUGUGUUACAACACAAACUACACGUUUACUAUGAUGGCGCAUAAUUAUUUCAUGCAUCGUAGUUUUUUUUAUUAAAUAUGAUGCGUUUUAUAAUAAGCAACAUUGUUGCUACCCUGCAAUAAAUGGGACAUAUUUAUGUAUACUGGUGCUAUUACAACAUACCCCUAAAAUACAAAGGUUCUUUUUUUUUAGCUGUUUGUUUUCUUGUCUUUGUGUGUGUGCGUGUGUGUGUGUGUGGUUGCAAUUAUUAACGCCUUUUGUUCCUUUUGGCAGGUGUGAAUGGAUCAAGUGUGGCCAAUUUGCAUGUUGUACAAAACGCUCCAAUUUCUGCCUCACAGGACAGCAUACAAAGUGGAGAAUUAUGUCCGUCGAUUUUCUUGUGCAGUAGAGGGCGCCCUUUCCCAAUAAAACACUGCCUCAUAAUGUCCA